UGUGUCAGUUCACGCAUUUCAUGGAAAGAGGUUUUCAUGUUAUGGAGUGAGAUUUCCAGAGUCCAAAUCCAAAGGCAUUCCUAUUAAAUCUUAGAGACUAGUGUUUUCUUUUACUUGUAAUUUGUCUCUGCCACUCCGUGUCAAUCCACCCAUUUUCUUACAGUAUAGGUUUUUCCCUUAUAACAUCAGCUUCAAUCCAGCCUAGAGAGUAUAUCUUUAUUCUCCUAGUAUUGGUGCACCCACGGCUUAGAGAACUGUGUAUUUCUUUAGAUGUCUUAGGGUUUCACAGUAGCAAGGAGCUUGUGGAAAACAAUAGAGAAAUUUUUUAUAUGUGAUUAUUCAGCUUGUCCGCUAAGUAUCUCAACCAAAAAUUUCUCUGACUGGCCAUGGGUCCUUCUUGUAAUUGUUGUUGGUGCUGGAAAAGAAAGCCCACAGAAAGGGCACCACCAAAUCCUUCUGUAAGUCCCUGCACAUCCCCAUCACAAGAUCUAGUCACUACUUCCAUAAACCCAUCAACAGAUUCUCCUAAUCAGAUUGUGAUCUCCUCCACACAGACAUCAUCCACAACACCACACCCACCUUCUAGUUCCAAAAAGCCCACAGAAAGUGCACCACCAAAUCCUCCUGUAAAUCCCUGCACAUCCUCAUCACAAGAUCUAGUCACUACUUCCAUAAAUCCAUCUACACAUUCUCCUAAUCAACUUCAGAUGGUGAUCUCCUCCACACAGCCAUCAUCUACAGCACCACACCCACCUCCUUCUUCCAAAAAGCCACCACGCACGCUCGAAGAAGUUAUCAGCAAUUUUCAAGAAAUCGACAUUAAAAGCCAGGGAGAUGGUUUUAUCAAAGCCAUUGAAGAUAACUUAAAGACGGCUCAAAAGCGUACAACAGAUACUCCAAGCACAAGUAGUUCUCAUACAGACAAGCCGUCAAACUGGGCUUCAAUUAUCCAGAGCGGAGGCACAUUUUUAAAAUUUGUUAAUGAUCAUACAGAGAAAAUAAAAAUCGACACUAAGGAUAGCUCUUUUCAGUUGGGAGAAGCAACAAAAAUUGUAGGAAAUAUACUUGAGCAAAUUGGGCAGCUGCAUUGGGCAGUUGCAGGGCUAUCCAUGGUAGGCUAUCUGGUCUCAAAAUGUGCAAAAGUAUCACAGAACAGGAUUGAAUGUGUAGAGCUCUUGCAACAAAUGAUCAAGCUUGUAUCUCAUAUUACAAAGUUAAACAUUUUUAUAAAAGAAGAAAAGGUGAAAUUUGAAGAAGCUUUUCAAUACAUUAUAGAAGGAUCUCUAUGUUGCGCAUCCCAACAACAAUCGGGAAAAUUUUUCAGCUUCUUGAAAUCAAGUGUAAACUCUGAGAAAUUGAGCGGUAUUCGCACCAAGAUAAGUGAGCUCUAUAUGGAUCUGAAUUUGACGGCUACAACAAAGGUUCUUGAUGAAACAUUACAGCAAAAGACGGUCACAAAACAAAUAUUAAGGCAGAAGACGGUUAGAAAAGAAAUAUUACCACAAGUCUUUCCGGAGGGCACAGUUGGAAUCGAAGGUCAAGUGAAAGCAGUAAAUGAGCUCCUCGACAUGGAAAAUAUGGAAGAUUGCUCAUCUUUUGCCGUUGUUAUUUGGGGUUUGGGUGGCAUUGGAAAGACAACUCUUGCGAAAGCUGUUGUCUCCACUGUAGAUAGAAACCGUUACAACUAUGCCAGAAUUGAAUUAGAUUUGGAUUCUGGAAAAAAUAACUAUAAAGAAAUGCAGCAACAAAUUUUGAAGGAUGCCUUUCCAAGCUAUGAGGAGGGAAGAAAAAUAGAUUUGAGAAAUGAUGAAGAUGGUAGAGAGCACUUAACUCAGGCCUAUAAAAGUGGAGCAGAAAAGCCUGUGUUUUUAUAUAUUGAUAAUGCUCUGCACAUAAAAGACUUGGAGAAAAUUCUGCCGGAAAACUUGCGAGGUCUUCCCCAGAAUAGCAGAAUUCUUGUUACGACCAGAAUCUUGAUUGUCACAGAUGUGCUUCAGGAACGUGGUCUUCAACGCAAGGACUAUCCUGUCAAAACUCUCUCCCACCAUCAUGCGCUCACAAUUCUGUGCAAUGACCCUGCAAUCCGUCAUGAUUAUAAAGAUGAUCUAGAAAGGAUUGUCAAGCUCUGCAGCGGUAUUCCGUUGGUUCUGAAAAUUGUUGGUGCACAUUUGCGCAAGCAGGAAUAUAAAGCAGAUCGUUGUACACAGAUACUUGAAGCUUUACAUACAGGACAAAAAAUCAAAGAAAAGGACCUCAGCAACUGUUUGUUUGACUUUGUAUAUAGCAAGUUGGAGGAGUCUACUCAAGAGGCAUUCUUAGACAUCUGCUGUUUCUUUCACCAGAAUUGGCUUCGUCAAGUAGAGUACAUAGUGGGGGCUGAGGAAGUCGCAUUCCUUGUCGAUGCAGCAUUGAUCACCACAGUGAUGAAGUGGGGGGAGGAGUAUUUGUCUGUUCACGAUAUUAUUCGAUCAAUAGGGUGCACUAUGUCAAAGUCGAGUAGAAUUACGGAUGACGAUUCGUGGUUUGAAGCUGAAAAGGAUGAGGCCAAGAUGAAAGGAAUUAAAGGAAUCUGGCUUAACAAUGAAGAUUGCAUGCUUGAGAAGAGACACCUUCGUUCGAUGAAGGAUACAUUAAGAAUUCUGAGGUGGAAGGGUAGUAUAGAUGUUCACGCGACAGACGCAGUGGCACUGCCAGAGUUAAGAUUUCUUUACACAACUUCUAAUAAUAUUUGUGGGCUGAAUGUAGAAACACUUGAAAAAUUGCGUUUUUUGGGAGUUUUCAACCUUUCCAUUAAAGAGGGGGAUCAUCUGAAGUUACCUGAAAAAUUGAUGCUCAUAUUUGCCAAAAUUGAAGCGCAGCACUUAUCAAAAAUAGUGCCAAAUUCCUCCUUGGAAGAAGUAUGGCUGUCUUUUAAAGGAGUAGAGUCCUGUGAUGAAGAAAUAGAUUCCUGUAAUAAAGAACGAGAGUCCUUCAAUGAAAAACAUAAUAAGAGCAUAAAUGCAUUUAACAAAUUUCUUCAGGGUCUAAAUAAGUUGAAGCAUUUGACGUUGACAAAUUGCGGGUUUUUCUCUGAGUUUCCAGAGCAAGUGUGUAGGUUACCGCUGUUGACUACACUCACUAUUAAGGGCUGCUGGCAAUUGGAGUAUCUGCCAGAAUCAUUUGGCCAGCUUACAACUCUAAGAAGAUUGCAGUUAACGGGGUGUACAAGUUUGAAAGAAUUGCCUUUCACUUUUAGCAAUCUCAAAUCUCUUGAAUAUCUAUAUUUAGAUGAUUGUGAUAAUUUAGAAUCAGAUAUUUGUCAGAAAGAUGACAACAUCAAAAUUGUAAAGAGAAGUGAGCAUAACUGUAGCAAUUGUCACAAGGACAAAAAAACUAAAAAGUUUUUAUAAGAUGAAUGUAAAAUGUUAGAUGUUAUUUUUAAGUAAUAUUUUCAAUAAAAAUUGAAAAAUAUAUCUAAAAUAAUCUUUUCAUUA